UAAUUUAACCUUUAAUAUGGCAUACUAAUUGUUCGUAAUUUUAAAAAAAUUAAUCAAAAAUGUAAAUUUUUUCACACAUAAAGAGCUUCUGUGUAUGUGGCCAGAGUAGUAUUGAACAAACAAAAAAACGGUGGAGCACUGCUUAAAACAUGCCUUUCAUUAACUCUAAUUUAACCAUGGCAUUACUGUAUUUAUUAUAUUAUCUGUCUUCUUAAGGUCAUACGCACAGCUUCUGAACGAUCGAUGGCACUACAUGAAGUCUUAAGUUCACUGGCUCCAUUCUACCUGUUACUUGAAAUACUCACAUAGAUCAAGUGUCGACUCUGAAUACUCUACUCAAUGCGGUUUUUACGCAUUUUCAGUAAGCUAGUUAACAAGAAAGUGUAUUUUAAGCUGAAGUGGAUGACAAUGGUGCUGAUUUGUAGAAUCUCACUGAACUACUUUGUGAAUCUAGAUUUUGUUUUUCUUUGAAGGGCACUUGUGUAAUCUCUGCAAAUGACCACACAAGAUUGUUUUAUGCAAAAUGUGUUUAUUCUCUCUCAAGUGACCAUUGUUAGGAAGAGUGAUUGUAGUUUUGACAUUUGAAGAGAUGAAAAACUUUUUUUUGCAUACAGGGCUGAUAUAUGAGGUUUAGUGUAGCAAAGUAUCAUAGUAUUAGAGUGUGGAUUAAAUUUAGAGAGAACACAUCUUGCAAGGCCUCAUUUAUGAUGAUGAUGAUGAUGAGGUACAUUCUCAGUAUUUUUCAGUCAGGUAAUAUCCACACUGUUGUUUACUUGUUUGCAGCCUUUUUAUUUUGAACAAAUGGUGCCAUUGUAAGUCCAAAGGACUUUUUUGUUGUUAUUUUGCAGUGAUUUUUCUAAAUGGCCGUGAUCAGUGUUUUAUCUACACUAAGGUAACUUUGAGUGAGAAACUGCAUGGACAGCACUCUUUGCUACAAAAUCACUGGUUAUACUGGGUAAUGAUAAAUAAACUUGAAUUGAGAUAUAUAAAUAUCCUUGUGUGACUUAUUUAUUAUUUACUUAUUUGUUAUUAGUUUUUAACUAAAUGUUAUUAGUAGGUAAGUGUUAUUAGUAGUGUUGACGAACUACUGUCAAAAUUUCAUGUUAGAGACUGUAUUAAACUUUCCCAAGCAAAUUGUUUCCAAUGAAACCGGAAACCCAGUGUUGACAUCAUAGAGUCUUGAAUGCCCUAGCAACACCCAGAACCCCUUAGCAACCAACCAUUGUGGCCAACCAAUCUGUUACAUAGUGGUGGCAAGUUUUGUGCCGACAAGUACCACUCCAUAUUCUUUAGUUUUUAAAUGUUAACAUCUUGUGCCUUUCAACAUUUAAGUAGUAGCUAUUUUUAUGUUAGUACUUAUUUUAGAAUUACCAAUAUAUAAUCUAUAGAUAAUCCUGUAUCUCAUUAACUAGAGACUAUUUAUUAUUCCUUAAUGGUGUUUCUCAAAUUGACUUAAUGGUGAGUAAUUUAAUAUAUACUAUCAGAUCGGAAUAAGAACUAAUGAAUAGUUAGUAGCGUAGAAAAAAAUAAAAACACUAGUUACAUUAGUUAACCUUACUAAUCACGACUGGACUUCUUACUAGCACAGGUAGCACCAAACAAACGAGUUCGUUUUGUAUGGAGAAAUAAAUAAUUAAAAUUGAUCGCCUGUAUGUGGAGUGAAAACAUAAUGAAUCCCAGUCAGUUAAAUAGGAUCAAAUCAGUUCCAGUUGACGGGGAUUAAACUUAUGUUAUUUUAAGAAACCCUUCAUAACGCGAUUAAGCAGGAUUUGCCGGUGAUCCUCUCGACACUUUCUGUCAUCGUGUGUUUGUCAUUCCAGGCGUGUGCAUAGAAGUAGUGUGUGUAGUAAAUCUGUUCUUAUGCAUCUUUCAUGUAUUUUCCAGUCACUAAACGACUAUUUUGAUAUUAACUUUCGUUUUUAUUAAUUUAUUUAUUUAUUUUGCCGUACACUCACCAGUCAGUUCUCUGAUUGGCUGCUGCAGGAAAGAAAGGAAAAUGAUUGGUGGAAGAUUUCUUUAUGUCCAAUACUGACACCUCACUGUACCUCACAGCACCGACACUGUAGAAGCACGUGCACCUGCUGAGCUGCUUUCCCGUUUCUGCACUAAAGGGGAAAUGCAGUUUCAUCAACACUAUUAAAGAACUUUGAAUUCAUAUCAAGGUGGAGGUUUGCAUAAUUUGCAAAUGCCGAUAAGUGACAUGUGGCAAGAUGGCACUGGCCUCGACACAAUGGGCGAGAUUGACAGUAAUGGCAGCUGUGACAGUGUGGUCAGCUUCAACUCAUGCUUUAGUGAUGAAAGUAUGGAGUAUCUCUCUGCCGAGGAGAGGGCUUGUCUCAUGUACCUAGAGGAGACCAUUCAGUCACUGGAUACAGAGGAUGACAGUGGCCUAUCCAAUGACGAAUCUGAUCAGCUGCCAGCUCGAGGAAAUGUAGCUAACAAAGCAGCCCACCUCUCCUCAUCAACAAGACUCAACAAGCUCCCUAGUCAAGAUGUUCCUAAAAGCCAAUUUGAAAGUCCAUUGUCAUCUAGCAGCUUGGUGCAAAAUGAAAUUCUGAAUUAUAUGGUUCCUACUCCAUUUGUCCUUGCAAACCGCAGCUCACGAAUCCAACUCAAACCUGAAUUAACGGCAUCCCAGAAAAAAACUGCAAUCAAAGUGGCUUGUGAAAGUAACCAGCUCCAUGAAGGAGCUCCAAAAGUUCCCUCAGAGGUCAAUGUGUUAGUGAUACCACCUCCAUAUAAAAUCAAUGGCAGUAAAGAUACAAUGGAAAAACAACAAAAUAAAUCUCAGCCAGAGAAUGUGGCACGUAGAGGACCACUCUCGUAUGAAGCACUUGUACAUCUGCGAAAGAGUGCUUCAAUGCGGAGAACCAAUGCAACUGAAGCCAAAACCGAAGAACAGCAGGUUUCUACAAAUAAAGAUCACGAGGGAAGCAUCUCUGCAUCCCAAACUCAUACCCAGAACUCACAGGCCAUGACAAGUAGGAACUCCAAGCUCACUCCUCCACCUGUCGCACCUAAACCUAAAAUGAAAACCCCACACAAAGUCCCAAUGAACCAGGAAGAAGACUCCAACUCCAAGAUCCACUCAACCAUGCCUUAUCCAGGGGUAUUGUCUGUAGAUAAAUUAAUGAACCCAGAGAAAGUAAGAGUAGAGGCUCUUUGCAAGCUGGGUCUCCUUAAGGAUACAAAGAACUCAAUCUGUCAACAACUAAAGCAUUCACAGUCCCCAACAAACAAAGAGCAAAACCAUACCACAAGUGAACGUCUUGCUCCAUGUGUUCCUGGAGAACAAAUAAACCAGCCAGUACAAAGUUGCAGCUCUCUCCACCAAAGGUGCAACCUUUCUACAGCUUCAUCUCAUCUGCAACAUACCGAUAUGACUUCAACCAGGACAUCUGCCACACUGGAACACACUGGGACUGUACGGUCAAGUUCUAACAUCACAGUCUUGAAUGCAAAUUCUCAGAACUACCAAUCAGGUUCUUCUCCAGUAGGAGCCAAAAACCACUUUACAGACACUCUAAUGAAUUCUAAGGAUUCUAAUGAAUCGGUAUCCACAAAAACGGAAUUGCAUGCAUCAUCUCAUUCCAAAGGCUACAAUGUGCCAGUUCCCAGCAUUGGAAGAGAUCGGAGAGAGGCAUUACGAAAACUAGGAUUGCUGAAAAACUGAAAUUUGCUGACUGACAGUGCUGCUACAACCUCUUGCAGACACCAGUAUUUUAACCAUUUUUAAAACAUGAACCAAUCUCUAGCCUGCUAAGAUUCUGGUAUGGUGAUUUUGUUGUUUGUUUUGGCAUCCGAAGGAGGUUUGG